AUGCAUAAUCAGGGCAAGAGGUUAUACAUUGACUUUUAAUAAUAGUCACCAAGAAAGUUUUAAAAUUUAAAGAAUAAGACUUAAGAAACAGAAAUACAAUUUGAUCAUUAUGGCAUAGUUCAAGCUAGAUUUGAGAAUACAAUUUAAUUAAACAUCAAAGAACAUAUUGAUUAACUUUUUGUAUGAAACUUCUUGUCCUAUUUUAGAUUAUUCUAAAAUCUAUUAAAGAAGAUUUAAAAAUUAGUCGAAAUGAAAUGAAUAUUAUAAAAGAGGAUUUAUAAAAAAUGGAAUCUAAUUAAUAUAAAGAAGAAGAUUGCAUUACUAAAACUGUUCUCUAAAAUGUAUCCAUUUUAAUCCUAUAUAGAUAAAUAAAUAAAAAUAUGAAUUAAAGAAAUAACAACAUACAACAUCAAUUGUUUAUGGAAGUCUAAACUAACAAAUAUCAUCAUUAUAGAAUGACAAAAUAUUUAUUAAAGAUUAUUCUAAUCAAGUUGAAUUAGAUACAAAGUUAGUUGAAAAUGAUAUUGGAUUUAGGAGAAUAUAUAAUAUAUGAUGGAAAUAAUUAAUUAAUAUUAUUUAACAGAUAUAGGUUUAUUUAUAGCGAUAAAAUGUCUCUCGAAUAACUUUAAUGUUAUGAGGAUGAUCAAUAUUAUGAUCAAUCUAUCAAAUCAACUUAAAAAUAAUCUGUAUAGUCUAUUGCCACUUUGAAAUCAGAACAAUCUAUUGAAUCAUUAGAAAAAUUGGUGUCUCAUGAGUAAACAAAAGAUUCCAAUCUCAAAUUCGAAUUAGAUUAAUUUAUAGGUUUAUUGUAGAAAUUUAAACCAUCUCAACUUAAAAAUGAACUCUCUAUUAUUGCUAGUACUGAAUAAGAAGAAUAUUAUAGUUUUUAAUAAAAGCAACCUUAAGAUAAAAAUCAAAUUAUGCUUGAAGGUUAUUAAAAGUGUUUCAUAGAUGCAACUAAAGCUAUUAAUCAAAUAAUUAUUAAUCCUAAAGAUCAUAAAUAUAUUAUUUAAAAUUUAGAAAAAAUGAAAAUGAUAUAUGUAUUAUCAUUAUAUUUAUUUAGAUUAUGCAUAUUUAGAGUUAUUAAGGAAUGGAAAAAUCUAUCAAUUUAUUAAAUAGUUUAAAAUAAACAUUAAUUGAUGCUGAUUAAGAGAUUUCUUUAUUAUACAAUCAAAUUUAAUAAUAAUAACUGAUCAUACAAAAAACAUAAAGUUAAUUGAAAUCUGUAUAAGGUGAUCUCAAUCAAGAAAGAUUAAAUUGUUUGGAUUUAUAAUAGAAGAAUUAAUAACUUAAACAUUUAAUUUUAGUUGCCAAUAAAUAAUUUGAAGCACUUCAAGAGAAACUAUUAUCAACUGAAGAGGAAUUAAAUCAAGUAGUAUCAUAAUAGAAUGAUUAGAUAAAAUUAUUAGUUAAAACAAAUAAAAAUUUAAGAGAAACAAUCAUUUAUCAUGAAAUUAAAUCAGAUAUCAAAUAAUAAAGUACAUCUCCACUUAGAUCAAAUAAAUAUACUAAUAAUUAAGAGAAUUAAUAUCAUUAAUCAAAUAACAAAAUAAUAUCUAUUAAUUAAUUUAGAAAUUAUGUCUAAGAUUAAAAUUAAGAAAUCCUCUCUCCUCAAAACUAAAAUUUCACUAAAAGAGAAGGAAAUAAUUUUAAGAAAUUAUUAUGA